UUUCCCCUCUCCGUGGCAGCCAUGCGCUUCAAGCUGCUGAAGCACACGCGGCUGAACGUGGUGGCGUUUCUGAACGAGCUGCCCAAAACCCAGCACGACGUCAAUUCCUUCGUGGUGGACAUCUGUGCCCAGACGAACACGCUGCUCUGCUUCACCGUCCACGGCAUCUUCAAGGAAGUGGAUGGGAAGUCGCGGGACUCUGUCCGGGCGUUCACGCGGAUGUUCAUCGCCGUGCCGGCCGGGAACAGCGGGCUGUGCAUCGUGAACGACGAGCUGUUUGUGCGCGGCGCCAGCCCCGAGGAGCUGCGCAAAGCCUUCGCCCUGCCCGCGCCCACGCCCUCGUCCAGCCCCGUGCCCACCCUGACGGCCGAGCAGCAGGAGAUGCUGGCGGCCUUCGCCAUGCAGUCGGGCAUGAACCUCGAGUGGUCCCAGAAGUGCCUCCAGGACAACGACUGGGAUUACAGCCAGGCCGGCCAGGUCUUCACCCAGCUCAAGCUGGAAGGGAAGAUUCCGGAAGUCGCUUUUCUCAAGUGAACGUUGGAGCUCCCCGCCCCCUCCCCGGGCCCCUGUCCCGUGUUCGAGUCCUUUCGAUGCCCCCGAGUUUUGUAAAUAAACCGAUGGAUUAUUGAUUAUCGA